AUGAAAUACGUUGGACUGAUAUCCGGGGGGAAGGACUCAAUUUUUAAUUUGCUACACUGUAGAAACAACGGCCACGAACUUAUCGCUGUUGCGAAUCUUAAGAAUGGCGGGGCGUAUGAAGAAAUGGACAGCUACAUGUUCCAGACUGUUGGAUUGUCAAUUCUACCACUAAUAGCACAAUCACUCGGUGUAGAGCUGUACGAGGGUCUAAUAAAGGGUACACCAAUCAACCAACAAAGCACAUAUGAGCAGACGCUCAACGACGAGACAGAGGACCUUUUCGAGCUCCUUCAGACUGUCAAAACGAAGCAUCCUGAUCUUGAAGGUGUCAGUGUUGGUGCUAUCCUUUCAAAUUACCAGCGCGUACGCGUGGAGCACGUCUGCAGUAGACUUGGUCUGACUGUUUUGGCGUACCUCUGGAGAAGACCGCAGGAUAAGCUAUUGGAUGAAAUGGUGGCAGCACAACAGACGUCAGUUGUUAUAAAGGUUGCCGGCGCCGGUCUCGAUCCAGAGCGCCACCUCGGAAAAUCACUCGCACAACUUCGACCAACACUCGACAAGUUGCACAAUCUCUAUGGUUCCCACGUCUGUGGUGAAGGUGGCGAGUUUGAGACCGUCACACUCGAUAGUCCGUUAUACAAACAAAGGAUUGUCCUAGACGACGUGGAGGUGAUUUAUCACGAUCCUUCGCCGAAUGCCCCUGUUGCAUAUUUACGCAUAAAUAAGGCUCACUUGGAGGACAAGGAUGAAGAACAAGAUGUUCAUUUUUCAGAGCCGGAGAUAUUGGAUGAGAUAUCACAAGAGAUCCAACCACCAGCGGUCUUGACAAGCAAUACUGAUGGAAUGUCGUUACCUCGGCGGCAGGGUGUCCAACCACCCUGUUCCACUAAAGUGUCAUCCAAUUGGUUGACCAUAUCGAACGUCUAUUCAACCAAUGCAGGAGACAUAUCCACACAAACACACGACAUCCUUCAGAAAUGUUCUGCGCUUAUGCAAGAGAAAGGCUUUAUUAUCGACGAGCACACCACCUUUAUUUCAGUUUACAUAGCAGAUAUGAGUGAUUUCAGUGCGCUCAACGAAGCAUAUGGAACGUACUUCCAGAAGUCUGGUCCACCAGCUCGCGCCUGUAUUGCCACAAACCUUGGAGAGACAUACAAAGUGGCCAUAUCUCUUGUCGCCAAGAAAGACUCCUCGAGGAGUGCACUCCAUGUCCGUGGACAAUCAUAUUGGGCACCAGCAAACAUAGGCCCAUAUAGUCAGAGCAUCACAAUCAACAACCGACAUUUCAUAUCUGGUCAAAUUGCAUUGAAGCCAUCUACUCUUUCACUCGUGGACGGUGGUGUUUCCCAGCAGGCUAUACUAUCAUUGCAACAUGCCAGGAAAGUCUCAGAGGCACUUGCACCAGUGCACAUAACCGCUGGAGAGCUUCUCAUGCGCCCGGAAAGCGUUAUUUGCUACGUUACGUCGAGAGACUACGUUAGUAUUUGUCAGAACGUCUUACAGCAAGCUAUUGAUGCUCAUUCGGAACGCUCAGAAGAUUGUUUGGACGUUAUCACACAGAAGCCAGCCCAAUUAUAUGUCGUAGUAGACAGCCUCCCGAAGAACGCCGCCGUCGAAUGGCAAUUCGUCUACAAUGAUCGUCCAUCUCAGAUAUCGUACGACAGUGAAGAUGAAGAUGCACAGAAGGAAGAUGCUUUGAAUGUCACUUAUAAUGAAGAUAAGCUAAUUAGAAAACAUCAUGCCAGAUCUCAUGAAGGCGUGCAAUGUUUUGAAUUCCUCCAAGAAGUGACUACAAAUAGUAUAAAUAACAGCAUUUACUGUACAGUGUAUUACACACCAUUAGUAUCACUUGAUGAGGCACAGAAAUGCAUUGACGGAGAUGCAACUUUCGUGCCAGUGAAGGGUAUCUUUGACAAAAACAUUAAAGAAGCUAAGAUUGCUUUGAAUUACUUCGUGCCAUCUAAAUAGACUAAUAAGCAUGUAUU